AACGGCUGUGGCAGUCAACAGGAAAAUUCAAUGUACAUCAGAUGAAGCCUGUAUCUCUGAGUUGAAAAUGGAGUUGGUGAGAGAACCUGUGCAAUACCAAAAUACUCCUGCCAAUAAACAUGCUGGAACUUUGGCUGGACAAGGAAAUCCAACCUUCGGGAUUGUCAAGUCCAGUUUAUCGCCAAACAAAGAGUCACAUUUUGUUAUAACAGUAUUACCUCCGCGGAGUAAAGGUAGCAAUGAUCCAGCUUCAGCAACAACGGCAUCAUCGAAAGUGAAAGUGAAACCGACAAAGGGGAAUGGGGAAUACCCGUGUUCUUUUUGUGGCAAGGUGUUUGAACGAGCGGCUUACCUGACAUUGCAUAUCAGAAUGCACACGGGGGAGAAACCUUAUGCCUGCAAAGUUUGCGAGAGUAAAUUCUCACAUCAGAGCGGUUUGAAUCGUCAUAUGAGAGUUCAUACGGGAGCAAGACCUUACAAGUGCAAGUAUUGCGACAUGAGUUUCACACAGUCCACGCACAGGAACACCCACGUCAGAGCUCAUGAAGGCAUGCGAAGGCAAACCAAGCAAGGCAAGUCCAUCGCUGACAUAGAUUAUGAGGACAGACCGCUCAAAUGUCCAGAUUGUCCGAAGGCUUUUUUCAACCAGGCUGCUUUACGGUCUCACGAGAUCAUGCAUUCCGGCGAAAAACCGUUUGUCUGCAGCUACUGUGGAACGUGCUUCGGUCGGAAGUCUGCCAAAGACCGACAUGAAAGAGUUCAUGCAGGGAAAAAACCAUACCAUUGUGCUUACUGUGAUAAGACCUUUGUCUGCACCACUGGGAAAAAACGCCACGAACGUACACACACAGGAGAGAAACCGUUCAAAUGUAGUGUUUGUGAACAAAGCUUCGGGACUUCCUCGACAAGGGCUUCGCAUGUCAAAAACAUUCACGAAAAUCCACUUCCGAACCGGGUUCACUCGAACAUUUUGCCAUUGAACAAGGACUUUAAGUGCCCAGACUGUAACAGGUCUUUCGCUUUGGAACUGUCCUUGAAAAUGCAUAGAGACUUGGUUCAUAAGAAUGGCGAUCAAACAGACUCCUGGUUUACUGCUCUAAGAUGUGAAAAUCUGGUGGAAAUAGAAGCCAAGGUUGUUGGUGGACUGAACCAACCAGAUGGCCAUCGGAUGACAAUGGAAGCAUCACUUAUUGAUUGUGCCAGACCUCAUGUGUGUGCUGUGUGCGAGAAAGGCUUUGCUCGUCGGUCAACUUUGAAUGUUCAUAUUAGAACGCACACUGGAGAGAAACGUUACUGCUGCGACUUGUGUGGGGCGAUGUUUUCAGGCAGCACAGCUUUGAAGCGGCACACUGAACGACACAACAAAAUCCGGGCGUAUAAAUGUGACACAUGUGGGAAAAGUUACAUUGUAGAGCACGAACUCAAGGAGCAUAAAAAAAUACACAGUGAAAUAGCGGAACAGCUACUGAAGAAAUACCCUUGUGAUAUGUGCCAGAGAGUUUACAGGUAUCCUAGUCAGCUUAAAGUGCACAGGAGAGUACACACUGGGGAAAAACCAGCUGAGUGUACAGUGUGUGACGCCAAAUUUAUCUCUACUGCGAGCUUGGCUGUUCAUGUGAAACGAGUCCAUGAGAAGGUAAAACACUGUAAGUGUCUCUUGUGUGGGAAAGGUUUCUUUGAUGGUCAUGAGCUGUACAGACAUUCUGCAGUUCACUCCAUGCUAAAACCAUUUAAAUGUCAAAAAUGUGGCAGGUGCUUCAGCUUGGUCCGUCACCUCAAAAGGCACCAGAAAUCAGACUGUGUCAAGAAAAUGAUCACAACUGAGAGUGAAGAGAAGGAGAAAUCAGUGAUAACUGGGGUCCGAGGGAAUUGGAAAUUAGCGCGAUCUGGGAGACGCGGGAAGAAGAAAUCAGGCCAAUCGGGGGCCCGAGGGAAGAGGAAAUCUGUGAAACAUGGGACUCUACGGAAAUUGGCUUCCACGGAAAAUACUGUUGUGAAGAAAACCCAUACAUGUGACAUCUGUGACAGGAGCUUUGCUUUGGAACUUUCCAGAGAUAUGCAUGUAAAGUUAGUUCAUGGUAGAAAUGGCAAUAGUGAAAAUUCACAGUUGCAAAGUACGUGAAAGUCAUAAUGCAGACAGGAUGUGCCCAAAGAAGUUCUGAAUACCAUAUCAAUUUAUUUUUUGAGUGAUAGGUGAAAGGUUUGAUUUGAUUGGAUUGGUAUUUUAUGCCGUACUCAAGAAUAUUUCACUUAUACAAUGGCGGCCAACAUUAUGGUGGGUGGAAACCGGGGCAAAGCGCGGGGGAAAUCCACGACCAUCCGCAAGUUGCUGAUAGACCUUCCCACGUACAGCCGGAGAGGAAGCCAGUAUGAGCUGGACUUGAACUCACAACGACCGCAUUGGUGAGAGACUCCUGGGUCAUAGGACUCCUGCCCUAGCGCGCUAACCAACUGAGCCACAGAGGCCCCUGAUAGGUGACAGAUAAUCAGACUGACGAGAAACUUGGAUUUUUGUUUAACAUGCAUUGAUCGUUCACAAGAACAAUGUGUGAUAUAACAAUGUGAACCAUCACUUCAAUUUGUGAAGGUAUAAAUCUUGACAAUAUUUUUGAGUCUGGUGUAAAACAUCAAUCAGAUAAAUAUAGAUCCUGACACAUGUAUUUCAACUAUCUAUAAAUUAUGAUAUGAAUUGAUUUGGCUGUUGUUUUGUUUCUUAUAUAAAGGAUGUGGACAAGAUCUGAAGCCAUGAUCCAGAAACUCAGAUGAAAGAAAAAGUAGCUUUAAUGUUGUGUACAUGUAUCUGAACAACAUCAUUGAUUAACGUAAUGAAAGCCAGAGCCCAGUUUCACAAAGAUGUUGUACAUGUACCAUAAUCACACAUAUAGGACAAUGGUACAGUAAUAGUGAUGUAC